AUGAAUGUCAAGAGGUUCAGAAACUAUGAGAAAACUCUUUGCAUUGCUGUAUAUCAAGAAGAUCCAGACUACUUAUGGAAAUGUUUGCAAUCUGUGAAAAGGCCAACCUACCCUGGAAUUAAAGUUGUCAUGGUCAUAGAAGGAAAUUCAGAAGAUGAUCUUUACAUGAUGGACAUCUUCAGUGCAGUCAUGGGCAGGGACACAUCAGCCACUUAGAUCUGGAAGAACAACUUCCACAUGAAGGGUCCUGGUGAGACAGAUGAGUCACAUAAAGAAAGCUCACAACAUGUCACCCAGUUGGUCUUGUCCAACAGGAGUAUUUGCAUCAUGCAAAAAUGGGGUGGAAAAAGAGAAGUCAUGUCCACGGCUUUCAGAGCACUGGGACCAAGUGUGGAUUAUGCACAGGUUGGUGAUUCAGACACCACGCUCGACCCUGCCUCAUCAGUGGAGAUAGUAAAAGUUUUAGAAGAUCCCAUGGUUGGAGGUGUCAGGGGAGAUGUCCAGAUUUUAAACAAGUGUGAUUCCUAGAUCUCCUUCCUCAGCAGAGUGAGAUACUGGAUGGCUUUUAACAUAGAAAGGGCCUGUCAGUCUUACUUUGGAUGUGUCCAGUGCAUCAGUGGACCUCUGGGAAUGUACAGAAACUCCUUACUGCAUGAAUUUGUGGAAAACUGGUACAAUCAAAAAUUUAUGGGCAGGGGACUUCCCUGCCAUUGUAGUUUUGGAGAUGACAGGCAUCUAACAAACCGAGUGCUGAGCCUGGGCUAUGCAAGAAAAUACACAGCUCGAUCCAAAUGCCUUACUGAAACACCUAAGGGAUAUCUCAGAUGGUUAAACCAGCAGACCUGUUGGAGCAAGUCCUGCGUCCGAGAGUGGCUGUACAAUGCAAUGUGGUUUCAUAAACAUCACUUGCGGAUGACCUAUGAAGCAGUCAUCACUGGGUUCUUCCCUUUCUUUCUCAUUGCCACAGUAAUCCAGCUCUUCUACAGUGGUAAAAUUUGGAACAUCCUCCUUUUCUGGUUAACUGUCCAGUUAGUGGGUCUCAUAAAAUCAUCUUCUGCCAGCUGCCUUAGAGGAAAUAUCAUCAUGGUCUUCAUGUCCCUCUACUCAAUGUUAUACAUGUCAAGUUUACUUCCCGCCAAGAUGUUCCCAGUUGCAACAAUAAGCAAAGCUGGGUGGGGCACAUCUGGAAGGAAAUCCAUUGUUAAUUUCACAGGACUCAUUCCAGUAUCAGUUUGGUAUACAGUCCUCCUGGGUGGUGUGAUUUUCACCAUUUAUAAGGAAUCUAAAAAGCCAUUCUCAGAAUCCAAACAGACAGUUUUAAUUGUUGGAACAUUGCUCUAUGCAUGCUAUUGGGUCAUGUUUUCGACACUGUAUGUGGUUCUCAUCAAAAACUGUGGCAGGCGGAAGAAGGGACAACAGUAUGACACGGUGCUUGAUGUACGAUCUUACAUUUGA